CAGAACCAAGAAGCUUUUAGAAAAUAAAAAAUCAAAAAGACGCAACCACUCUCUCUUCUUAUAACCGAAGCAUGGAAGAUGGAGAAUAGAUUCAUAAUGUAAUUAAGCCCUAGCCAACUUUAAUUGAAAAGUUGUAAUAUUUAUAUAUGACGAUUUGUGGGCUGUUGCCUCUCUCAGUGUGCCUAAUAGUACUGAUUAUAUUUGCUGCUGCAGCAGCAGCCGCCUCUACGCCCUCAGUGGCACCUGCUGCAGAAGCAGGUUUAAACUACAGCAAACCGGGCUGUCAAUCCAAAUGCGGCAAUCUCACCGUGCCCUACCCUUUCGGCAUCGGCGACGGCUGCUACCUCUCCGAUUCCUACGCCAUAAACUGCAACGCCUCCUACGACCCCCCAAGACCCUUUCUCGGCGCCGGCAACCUUGAAGUUGUGGAAAUAACGGCCGUUCACGUCCGCAUUAAGAACUGGGUGGCCUAUAACUGCUACGCCCGAACCGGAGCGCUAAUCUCCACUGCUCCAGCCUGGAUCAGGCUGGCCCACCCGCCGUUCACAUUCUCCGACACGGCGAACAUGUUCACAGUCAUCGGGUGCGACACCCUGGCCCUCAUACAGGGCUCGGAGGGGUUGACCUACACGAGCGGCUGCGUGUCGCUGUGCAACGACAGCGGGGCGGUCCCUAACGGGUCGUGCGGCGGGAUAGGGUGCUGCCAGACGGCGGUGCCGAGGGGGCUGAGGAGGUUCAAGACGGCGAUAGGGAACCUGAACAACCACACCAGGACGUGGCAGUUCAAUCCGUGUAGCUACGCGUUCUUGGUGGAGCAGGAGAGGUACAGCUUCGAGGUGUCGGAUCUGUCGGACCCGGGUUUUUUGAGUCGGAUCCGGAACGUGCCGGUGGUGCUGGAUUGGGCGAUUGGGAACAAGAGCUGUGAGGAGGCGAGGAGGGAGUCGCCGUCGCGGUGGUCUGAAUUUGGGUGCAAGGAGAACAGCGAGUGUUAUGACGUGGAGAAUGGUUCAGGGUAUCGCUGCUCUUGCUAUGAAGGCUACGAGGGGAACCCUUAUCUCGCCCCUGGCUGCCAUGAUAUCAACGAGUGUGAAAAUCCGGAGAAUCCCUGCGCCAGCAUCUGCAUCAAUACCCCCGGCGCCUACAACUGCACCUGCCCCCACGGAACCUACGGCGACGGCAGAAAAGACGGCAAAGGUUGCAUCUCACAAAAUGUUGAAUUCCCCAUCAUCAAACUCACUCUAGGAAUUGGGUUGGGGUUCUUGUUCCUGCUUGUGGCCAUCUUCUGGCUAUACUUCAGCAUAAAGAAACGAAAGCUCAUCAAGCUCAGAGAAAAGUUAUUCCUCGAAAAUGGAGGCCUACUGUUACGACAACGGCUGGCCAAUUACAAUUCCCACACUACUGAUCGCGCCGCCAUGGAAUCCACAAAAAUUUUUACUUCAGAAGAGCUGGAGAGAGCCACCCAGAAUUACAGCGACAGCCGAAUCCUGGGUCGGGGCGGCAACGGAACAGUGUACAAGGGGAUUUUGGAAGACAACAGGGUAGUCGCCAUUAAGAAGUCCAGAAUUGUUGGCGAGGGUCAGGUUGAGCAGUUCAUCAACGAGGUUGUCAUCCUCACCCAAAUCAACCACCGCAAUGUGGUCAAGCUCUUGGGCUGCUGUUUGGAGACGGAAGUCCCCUUGCUCGUCUACGAGUUUGUCUCCAGUGGCACCCUCCACCAACGAAUUCAUCCCCAAAACAGCACUACCAGUAACAGAGAAUCUCCAUUAUUGUUGACUUCAUCCACUCUGUCCUGGUCCGACCGCUUGAGGGUAGUCAUAGAAACCGCAGCUGCUCUGGCUUACCUGCACUCUGCUGCUUCCACACCCAUCAUCCACCGAGACGUCAAGUCCGCCAACAUAUUGUUGGACCAAAGGUACACUGCGAAAGUGUCGGACUUCGGAGCUUCGAGGUUGAUCCCGUUGGAUCAGUCUCAGAUUACUACGUUGGUUCAGGGGACGUUCGGGUACUUAGACCCCGAGUAUUUUCGCACGAGCCAGUUGACAGAAAAGAGCGAUGUGUACAGUUUCGGAGUUGUUCUGGCGGAGCUUUUAACUGGGGAGCUCCCAAUUUCAUUCCAGAGGCCCGAACCGGAGCGAAACCUGGCGGCGUACUUCACGUCGUCGAUGCGGGAGAACCGGCUGUUUCAAAUUCUGGAGGCUCGGGUUGCGAACGAGGCAGGCAGAGAACAAGUGGUGGCGGUUGCGGAGCUUACGAGGAGGUGUCUUAGGAUGAGGGGCGACGAAAGGCCGACGAUGAAAGAAGUGAUGAUGGAGCUGGAAGGGUUGAGAAGGAUGGAGAGGCACCCAUGGGCUGAUCAUCGGGGGGCUGAAGAUGAGGAGGAGAGGGCGAGGUUGCUAGAUGAAGAAUCUGAUCUUUAUCCUGUGGCUGUGGGGUUGAGUGCUGCUGCUCACAGUAAUGGUGGGGGGUCUUAUGUUCAACAGAGUGGCAGCAGCUCAUCCACUUCGCAGUAUGACUCUGGAAUUCCACUCGCAAUUCCGCGUUAAAAGGAUUAUAUAUACAAGAGUGAACUUUUUGUGCUUUGGCCAGACUUUCCAGCUUGAUUAGUUGGUUGGACAUGGAAAAGAAAAAAAUUUAAUUACACUUUUGAUCCGAAGCAGGAGAAUUGAUUGAAUCAGCAAAGAAAAUAUAUAUAUGUACUGUGUCCAAUUUACUGGAGCUGACUUGCUUCUUGUGAUUCAGAAUCGUAUACGAAUUCCUUUUUUUGUGUC